GCACGAAGGCCCGUCCUUAACUUCGCUUCUUCCGCGCUGUGCUCAGUGUAAUGAAUUUAACAACACGGCAGUCGUGUCUGUUGGUUUGCCAGUGUGUGAAUUACGUUGUCAUUUUGUGAAUGAAGGGCGUAACUUAAGCAGCGUCCGUAGCGGAUUGAGAGCUGGCUAACGCCGGCUAACGUUAGCUGUUUUGAACCUGCAGUUAAUCUUCCUUUAGAUUAAAGAGCUGACAUGUUUCCCUUUCCCUGAUCUCCUCAGUGACUGACAUUCACACAGGAUGGCGCAGGACACUGAACCUGUCAGUGUCAGCUGUGAAUCUUCUCAUUUAUCACAAAAACACAGAAAUGUAGAAACGAACCGUGUUUAAAUGACAGAGAAAUGCUGCAGUCCAGUUACUGUGAGUUGUAUGUUUUGUCUCGCUCUCACCACAGUAUAUUUGAUUGAUGAUGGGCAUAAACAUUUCUAAAAUUUCAUAGACCAAACAGUUGCUUAAUCCAUAAAGUGAUCAGCUUGUUUUGCUGUCUUUAAACUUUUGUCCAGUUUUCCUCACGCAAAAAAAACAGUUAAUUCAGGUAAAGAGAUCUCGUUUCACUGGCAAAUGUAAUGAGUGUCGGGAUCCAUGAAAUCGAUAUUGUUUUCGUAUUUGUCAGAGAAUAGUCAUCACUAAUGUGCAGAAUUAACUGGGUCCUGCGUGAAAAUCCAGGUUCAACACCUUGUAAUAUUUUUGAUUCGAUUGUGCUGAUGUUGUUCCUAAAUUCAGCCGAGUUUCAUUAAAGCAGCAUAAACUGACAUGCAGAAAACCUGAUGCUGGGUUAACAGUACAGUACAGUACAGUACAGUGCGAGGUCAGCAGGAACUCAGACUGAUCAAUGAGGUCAUGACGCAUCAGAUAUCAGCUUCAUAUGAACAGAUUCAUUGCUGAGUGGGCACUAAUGAUGAGGGAGGAAUUUCAAGUGGAAACACGUCAGGCGAAGGAAAUCAAAUGUUUAUUAAAUCCAUCUAACUGAAGUUGUUGGAAUAAUCCGGUCGAUUGUGUUACUCACUGAGGAUGCUGGGAUUUGUUUGAACUGAUUAGACAAUACGAUUCAGAAUGGGGAAAUGUCAGCCAUAACCCGAACAGGAAGUACAUCCUAUGAUGAAAGAGCUGUGGCAGCAAUAAUCCACUGAGCAGUCAGUUGGUAGAGCCUGUAAAGUCACCGAUUGGUCCGCGUGGGUUUCUGCCUUUCUGUGUCCGUGAUGGCUCUUUCGACACCCACUUGUCAGGAAUGGAUUGCAUAAAUACGUUUUAAGAAGUGUAGCUGACAGCUUCAAACUCGUCUUUGACCUCCGCAGGGCUGCAAGUAACAAUGAAUAAUCUGCUGUUUAUUUUCUUUAGUUCAGGGCUUUUCAAAGUCUCAGACUGUCGACCAAGAGUUCAUUUACAAAGGCUGAUGAAGUUACGACAGUUUGCAGCAGGAAAAAGUCGAUUAGCAGGCAUUUGAUUGAUCGCUCCAUCAGAAUCGUUUAACCCACUGAUUUUCGCGCCAUCAGCUUCAUUGAUUGCUUUAUUGGCUGACUGUUUGAGCUCUGCAUUUAUGGCUGUUUGCUCAGGUCCAGAAGCUACAAUGCAUGUGUCCCGUGGACUUCAGAGGAGUCUUCCAGCUGGAUGAGAGGAGGAGAGACGCUGUCAUCGCACUGGGAAUCUUCCUGGUGGAGUCGAACCUGCAGCACAAAGAGGCUGUUGUGCCCUACCUUCUUGGGCUGCUCAGAGGGCUUCCUAAAGUUCAGUGGAUUGAAGAAAGCUCAGAACGCACAGGACGAGAGACUCUUCCUGUUGCUGAGAACUUCAGCUUUUCUCUUGUGACACUACUCUCGGAUGUUGCCCAGCGUGAUGAGACCUUACGAGGACAGAUCCUGGAGGCGAUCAUGGACAUCAUGCAGGUCCUGCAAGACAUCUGCAAGAAUCCGGAUGCACAUGAUAAAGAUUGCCUGUGCAGGUACACCGUGCCCACCCUGCUCGGUGUCGCCCGAGCGUUCGGCCGCUACAGCAACACUGACGAGCCGUUGCUGUCCAAGCUGUUCCCUCGACCAGUUGCUCCCGUGCUGCCCGCCGAUGAAGGCGACGCGGUGCACCGACGGUCCUUCAAUGACUUCCGCUCCAUCCUGCCGAGCUCUUUGCUCACGGUGUGUCAGGGAGACAGUCUGAGACGUAAAGGCUCCUCUCUGUCCAGUGUGUCGCAACAGGCGAGUCCAGAGAGAGCCUGCCUGACCCCCAGCUCUCCUGCCGAUCCCUCUGCUCAGUACUUUGAAGGCUCAUACCUGCCUGAUGGCAGCGCGGUGGACCCUGAUUACUACUUCUCCACCAUCAGCUCCAGCUUCUCCGUCUCCCCUCUUUUCACUGGCAGCAGUUCUGGGGAGUUUCACGUCCCUCUGGAUAUGCUCAGACAGCUCCUCCACAUGGUUGAACAGUUUGUCUCCGAGUCCUUUUUGAAAUCACUGGAUGACUCCCUGGCAGAACUUUUAGAGCUGAAUCCUGGUCUUCAUCUCUACUACAAAACCUUCAGUGAUCCUCUGUACGUAGCCAUAUUUAAAAUGCUAAGAGACACUCUCUACAAUUUAAAAGACCUUCAGACAGACUUUGUGAAGGAGGUCCAUGACUUUGUGCUGGAGCAGUUCAGCAGCAGCCAGUCGGAGCUGCAGAGGAUCCUGCAUGACGUCGAGUACCUCCAGAGCGAACUGAGCCCACUCAAACUGCGCUGCCAGGCCAACGCUGCCUGCGUGGACCUGAUGGUGUGGGCCGUGACCGAGGAGCAGGGAGCUGAGAACCUUUGCACCAAACUGUCGGAGAAGCUGCAGUCCAAGACGUCCAGUAAAGUCAUCAUCGCUCACAUGCCCCUCCUCAUUUGCUGCUUACAGGGUUUGGGUCGUCUGUGCGAGCGCUUCCCGGUGGUGGCCCACUCAGUCACCACGUCACUGAGAGACUUCUUGGUGGUGCCCUCUCCUGUUUUGGUGAAGCUGUACAAAUACCACAGCCAGUACACGCCAGGAGGGGGUGAGAUAAAGAUCCACGUGACCAACGAGCAUUCCCAGUCGACCCUCAGCUCCCACUCGAGCAAGAAGAGCCAGCCCUCCAUGUACGAGCAGCUGCGGGACAUCUCCAUAGACAACAUCUGCAGGUGUCUGAAAGCCGGACUGACUAUGGAUAAUGUCAUCGUGGAAGCUUUUCUCGCCAGUCUGUCUAACCGUCUCUACAUCUACCAGGAAAACGAUAAGGACGCUCACUUGAUCCCAGACCACACCAUCAGGGCUUUGGGUCACAUUGCUGUGGCGUUGCGGGACACCCCCAGAGUGAUGGAGCCCAUCCUGCAGAUCCUGCAGCAGAAGUUCUGCCAGCCUCCCUCCCAGCUUGAUGUGCUCAUCAUAGACCAGCUUGGCUGCAUGGUCAUCACAGGCAAUCAAUACAUCUACCAGGAAGUGUGGAAUUUGUUCCAGCAGAUCAGUGUCAAAGCCAGCUCCAUGGUCUACUCUACCAAAGACUACAAGGACCAUGGAUACAGACACUGUUCCUUGGCUGUGAUAAAUGCUCUGGGCAACAUAGCAGCCAACCUUCAGGCUGAGCAGAUGGUCGACGAGCUGCUGGUCAACCUGCUGGAGCUUUUUGUUCAGCUCGGCUUGGAAGGGAAGAGAGCCAGCGAGAGAGCGUCAGACAAGGGCCCGGCUCUGAAGGCGUCCAGCAGUGCUGGAAACCUCGGCGUCCUGAUUCCAGUUAUUGCAGUGCUGACGAAGAGGUUGCCACCAAUUAAGGAGGCAAAGCCGCGUCUGCAGAAGCUCUUCAGGGACUUCUGGCUCUACUCUGUCGUCAUGGGAUUUGCUGUGGAGGGCUCAGGUCUGUGGCCAGAGGAAUGGUACGAGGGAGUUUGUGAGAUUGCGACCAAAUCACCGCUGCUCACAUUUCCCAGCGGGGAGCCUUUACGCUCAGAGCUGCAGUACAACUCUGCGCUGAAGAACGACACCGUGACUCCAGCGGAGCUGAAUGAUCUGCGCAGCACCAUCAUCAACCUGCUGGAUCCUCCUCCAGAGGUUGCUGCUCUCAUCAACAAACUGGACUUUGCCAUGUCGACGUAUUUGUUGUCUGUUUACAGACUGGAAUACAUGAGGAUGCUGCGCUCCCUGGACUCUGACCGCUUUCAGGUCAUGUUCCGAUACUUUGAAGACAGAGCCAUACAGAAGGAUAAAUCUGGCAUGAUGCAGUGUGUGAUUGCUGUUAGCGACAAGGUUUUUGAGGUCUUCCUGCAAAUGAUGGCUGAAAAACCAAAAACCAAAGCCCACGAGGAGGAGCUUGAACGCCACGCUCAGUUCCUCCUGGUCAACUUCAACCACAUCCACAAGAGGAUCCGCAGGGUGGCUGACAAAUAUUUAUCUGGGCUGGCCGAAACUUUCCCCCACUUGUUAUGGAGUGGACGCGUCCUGAGGACCAUGCUGGACAUCCUGCAGACGCUGUCCCUCUCGCUCAGUGCAGACAUUCAUAAAGACCAACCUUAUUACGACAUCCCGGACACACCAUACAGAAUCACCGUCCCAGAUACAUAUGAAGCCAGAGAGAGCAUAGUGAAGGAUUUUGCUGCACGCUGUGGGGAGAUCCUGAAAGAGGCCAUGAAGUGGGCGCCAUCUGUGACCAAAUCACACCUCCAGGAGUAUCUAAACAAACAUCAGAACUGGGUGUCGGGUCUGUCCCAGCACACAGGCCUGGCCAUGGCCACAGAAAGCAUCCUGCACUUCGCUGGUUACAACAGACAGAGCACCACGCUCGGGUCCACUCAGCUGACUGAGCGGCCCGCCUGUGUGAAGAAGGACUACUCUAACUUCAUGGCCUCCCUUAACCUGAGGAACAGAUACGCCGGAGAGGUGUCAGGUAUGAUCCACUUUGCCCAGGCAGUUCGCGGGCAGUCCGAUCUGGGCCGGCUGAUGAUCAAACAGAUGGGAGAAGCUUUGGACUCUGCGCAGCCGGAGGCCUUCACUGAGGCCAUGUUCAAACUGGCCGCUUUGCUCAUCAGCAGCAAAGACUGCGACCCUCAGCUCCUGCACCACCUCUGCUGGUCUCCACUCAAGAUGUUCACAGCACACGGCAUGGAAACUGCCAUCGCUUGCUGGGAGUGGCUGCUGGCUGCUCGCGUUGGAGUGGAAGUGCCGUUUAUGCGUGAGAUGGCGGGAGCGUGGCAGAUGACAGUGGAGCUGAAGAUGGGCUUGUUCUCAGACGCUCAGGUGGAGGCUGAUCCUCUGGCCGCCUCAGAGGAGAGUCAGCCUAACCCCUGCCCUCCGGACGUCACCCCUCACCACAUAUGGAUCGAGUUUCUCAUUCAGAGGUUUGAGAUCGCCAAGUAUUCCAGCGCGGAUCAAGUGGAGAUCUUUGGCAGUUUGCUGCAGCGCUCGCUGUCCCUCAACGUCGGUGGGGCUAAGAGUAGCCUCAACCGCCACGUAGCUGCCAUCGGACCUCGUUUCAGGCUGCUCACGCUGGGUCUCGCUCUGCUCCAUUCUGACGUCCUCACCAAUGCAACUGUGAGAAAUGUUCUCCGAGAGAAGAUCUAUUCUACAGCCUUCGAUUACUUCAGCGUGGCUCCAAAGUUUCCCACCCAGGGCGACAAGCAUCUCCGCGAGGACAUCAGCAUCAUGAUCCGUUUCUACGCCAGCAUCCUGUCCGACAAGAAGUACCUGGCAGCGUGCCACUUGGUCCCACCUGGUGAGCUUGGUACUACCCCCGCCCCGAGCACGCUCUCUGCCGGGAUAUUCGGAUCGCUUAUCGUGUCCAGCACUUCUCCAAUUUCUAUCUUAAACAAUCAGGACUCGUCCUUGAACAGUCUGUCGGUGAUGAACGCUGCCGACCUGCGGAGCAACAUAGACUCGAGCUCGCGGUCCCAGCAGAGCGGCCAGGGAUGGAUCAACACGUACCCGCUGUCCAGUGGCAUGUCCACCACAUCCAAGAAAUCAGGCACGUCCAAGAAGAGUAACAGAGGGACGCAGCUUCACAAAUACUACAUGAAACGCAGGACUCUGUUGCUGGCCUUACUGGCCAGCGAGAUCGAACGCUUGACGACGUGGUACAACCCCCUGUCCGCUCAGGAGCUGGCCAUCUCCACGGAGCAGUCGGUGGAAACCAGCAUCGCCAACUGGAGGUCCAAGUACAUCAGUCUGACCGAGAAACAGUGGAAGGAUAACGUGAACCUGGCCUGGAGUAUCGCACCUUACCUGGCCAUGCAGUUACCAACAAGGUUUAAAAAUGACGCCAUUGUUGCUGAAGUGACCCGGCUGGUGAGACUGGAUCCCGGAGCUGUCAGUGAUGUACCGGAGGCCGUCAAGUUCCUGGUGACAUGGCACACGAUCGACGCAGACUCUCCUGAGCUGAGUCACAUCCUGUGUUGGGCUACAGCCGACCCGCCCACCGGUCUGUCCUACUUCAGCAGCAUGUACCCUCCUCAUCCUCUCACGGCUCAGUAUGGCGUGAAGGUGCUUCGCUCCUUCCCUCCUGACGCCAUCUUGUUCUACAUUCCUCAGAUUGUUCAGGCUCUCCGUUAUGACAAGAUGGGUUAUGUCAGAGAGUACAUCCUGUGGGCGGCCCAGACCUCCCAGCUUCUCGCCCACCAGUUCAUCUGGAACAUGAAGACCAACAUCUUCAUGGACGAGGAGGGACACCACAAAGACCCCGACAUCGGGGAGCUGUUGGAGCAGAUGGUCGAGGAGAUCACAGGAUCUCUGUCGGGCCCGGCCAAAGACUUCUACCAGAGGGAGUUUGACUUCUUCAACAAGAUCACCAAUGUGUCGGCCAUUAUCAAGCCGGUUCCAAAGGGAGAGGAGAGAAAAAGGGCGUGUCUCAAAGCUCUGUCGGAUAUCAGAGUCCAGCCAGGCUGCUACCUACCAAGUAACCCUGAGGCCAUAGUGUUGGACAUCGACUACAAGUCAGGAACCCCCAUGCAGAGCGCUGCCAAGGCGCCUUACCUGGCCAAGUUUAAGGUGAAGCGCUGUGGGGUGAGCGAGCUGGAGAGGGAGGGUCUCCGCUGCCCCUCCGACUCCCUGGAAGACGGGGAGGAGAAUCCGGACGGAUCGCGCAGGGUCUGCUGGCAGGCGGCCAUCUUUAAAGUGGGAGACGACUGUAGACAGGAUAUGCUCGCUCUGCAGAUCAUCGGGCUUUUCAAGAACAUUUUCCAGCUGGUCGGCUUGGAUCUCUUUGUCUUCCCCUACAGAGUGGUGGCCACUGCGCCGGGGUGUGGUGUGAUCGAGUGCAUCCCAGACUGCAAGUCCAGAGACCAGCUGGGCAGACAGACGGACUUCGGGAUGUACGAUUACUUCCGUAAUCAGUACGGAGAUGAAUCCACCCUCGCCUUCCAGAAGGCUCGAUAUAACUUCAUCCGCAGCAUGGCCGCCUACAGCCUGCUGCUGUUCCUGCUGCAGAUCAAAGACAGACACAACGGCAACAUCAUGCUGGACAGCAAGGGCCACCUCAUCCACAUAGACUUUGGCUUCAUGUUCGAGAGCUCUCCUGGAGGAAACCUGGGCUGGGAGCCGGACAUCAAGCUGACGGACGAGAUGGUGAUGAUCAUGGGGGGCAAGAUGGAGGCCACGCCUUUCAAAUGGUUCAUGGAGAUGUGUGUCAGAGGAUAUCUGGCUGUACGACCCUACAUGGAUGCAGUGGUUUCUCUGGUGACCCUCAUGCUGGACACUGGACUGCCGUGCUUCAGAGGACAAACCAUCAAACUCCUCAAAGGACGGUUUAAUCCUCAAAUGAGUGAGAAAGAAGCAGCGGCGUUCAUCAUCAAGGUCAUCCAAAGCUGUUUCCUGAGCAGCAGGAGCAAAACGUACGACAUGCUGCAGUAUUACCAGAACCAGAUUCCCUACUGAAGAUCCUCUGCUGUCGUUCGUCCAGCGAGCCCUCACUCGGAUGAUGUUUACUGCGCUCUGCUCCUGAACGUGGCACUUUGAUCCUGAACCUUCACACACUGUUCUGUAUCUGAUUUAAUAUCGUACGUCUGAGCUUUAGAGCCGCGCUCUGAGGAGCGACGCGCUUCACCCUUUAAGUGUUUUGUUACUCAGCAAACACCAACUGACCUGAGGACGACGGCCAUAACGGGAGCCAUAUUUAUAGUGUUUGUCGAAGCAGCUGUUAGCAUUUUGUGUCGAUGCUGUUGUCCACUUUCAUGCACUUUACAGAUCACAGUAUUUUAUCGGCUUCGAUCGAGAGUUUGAAGAGAGAGACGAGAACAAUCUGCAGUUUAUUCAGCUGCUUCGGUCGAACGCGAGCUGUGACAUGAAAAAUGAGCGCAGGAAGUCAGUCGGCGCUCAACUGUAGUCUGUAGAAACAUCAAACGUCCUGAUGCUGUAGUGUUUACUGUACAAUAUUUACUGUAGGGUCGCAUCACGGUCGCAGGUAUUUUUCUGUAGAACAUAUUUAUCAGAAGAGUUUAAAAAGUUUUAACUGUGCUGUCAUGUCGCACCUCUUCACGCCAGCUUUUAGCUUAAAUCGCUUCCUCAGAUGUGUUUUUCCACCACAGGGACGAAGCUGAACUCUUUUAAGGUUCUGCCUCUUGUUUCCACUGUGUUUUACUAACCCGUUCAGGAGCUCCUCGAGAGCCUCCUGAGCUUUUAAGUCGUAAUGUGGCAGCAAUAUUGUAUUUUACCGCUCAAACAAGAUGUUGAUAAGCUGUUUGAAGCUUUAGGUUACCGGGUGGUUUUGUCCCAGCAUGUUCCCUAAAGGCACUAAAACACUGCUUUACCCGACUUGCUAUCAGAGUUUACACUAACAAAUAACUUUUCUAAGUAAUGUAGGUCAGCAGUAAGAGGUUACAACCAAAUACCAUCACGCAAAUUAUACACGGGAGGGAAACUCAAUAUGCAGCAUGUGAACUAAGAAGAAGCUUCAGAAUCAACAGACACGUUUACAAAUCGUGCAAAUCGCGGCUCCAAAGCUGGAACCUUUGAUUGGUUGCUCCAACUCCAGCUGACGUUCACGUACAUCAGGAGUUCAUUUUUCACAUUUUUUUCAACGUCACAUGAAACUCGCCCACAUCAUUCGGUGGCCCUCUCACAGGACUAACAACACCCCGACUCUGAAGGUCCCCUUUAGUCACGGCCCUGCUCCGGCCCCCCCUGAGGGUGCGCUUGGUGUGGAAGUGGAAGCAGAACCUGAAGCGAAGGCCCCGUGUUCGGUUCCUGUGGUGGAAACAGGACAGAGUGGACCGCGGUUGUCUCACACGGAGCCAGACUUUCCUGUUUCUGAUGCAGAUGAGGAUUAAACCUAAAAGCCAUUUCUCCUACCAUCGGUAGAAACACAACCGUAGUGAUACUUGACAGAAGAAAAACUUAACUUUAUGCAAUAUAUUCAUGUAUACUGUUACUGUAUUUGUGAGAUGUGAACUUGCUGUAAUUCCCUCCAGUGUUUUACUGUACGUCGCAGCUGCUGUCUUUACGUGACUGAAGUAUUGAUCAGUUUAAUGGCUGCUCACAAGAGACUCGAUCAACUCCGAAGCCACUUUUAAUGUCGUGGAGUUUCAGUUUGUUAGGCAUCCAACAAAAGUCGGUCUGUAUGUAGAAGAUACACUCUGUGUGUGUGUGUGUGUGUGUGUGGACAUCAUGGCUGGUUCAGAUUCACGUCUGUUAUUCUGAUAAAGUGUGAAAACAUUUCCAGAUUAAAUGUUCAUUUCCUCA